AUGGCAGAUACGUCACCUGCAGGGAGCAUUCCAACCGCAAUCCGAGAAUUGUUUCAACUGGCCAAAGAGACAGGGCUACCGGUUGGCAUUUCAAUUGGCGAGAAAGGGGAGCUCACCCUCCUAGAAAAGGCCAUCCUUGGCGACUUGAAACUCCUGUUGGGAUAUAGGCAUGCAGGGUACCGGUCUGAUCGCACACUUGGAGCAUAUUGGCGGCUAGAUCGCAACCCUGCAGCACCCAUUCCACUACAAGAACUACCACCUCGACGACCUCCCCAAGUGAUGAUAAACCUAGACAGUGAUGAGGAUGAGCAGCCACCCGCUGAAAACAAACCUCCAGCAAGACCAAGACCACCACCAACCAACCUAAACCAUGCUCUGGUGAUACUAGCAUGA